AUGUCGGGCUCCUCAGCCAUGACGAACGGCGGAGGUGCCUCCUUCAUGGAUGUGGACAGCCAGCCGCCUGGCGGCUCUAAAUUCACCGAUCUGCCAGACGAGAUCCAACACAUCACCGCGGAUAUUAUGCCUCUAAGCCUACUCCUGACUAGAUUGUCACAAUGGACUCACACGAAGUUGCAAGACGAGAUCGCAUACCUUGCCUCCAAACCCUUACCACAAGCCGUCCUGAAUGGCAACACCAACCACCAAUCCGCGGAUAAUCACGACACCUCGCAGGAGAGUCUUGAAAAGAAGGUUCAUCUCCUCAACUUCCUGCAGGAUAUGCAUUCAAAAUGGGUCAAGACCCUUGUCAUCACCGAAUGGAGCAAAAAGGCAGCUCAGGUUGGAGCCCUGAUUGACAUCAGGGCUCACUACCAAGAACUCUUCUGGGAGUUGAUCAGGAUGAAGCAGGAUCUUCACUGGGCGAAAGUGCCGGGCCCAGAUCUGAAGACGGCUCUGGAAGUUCUGACAACUGGUCAAGCGUCCUGGAUGCCCGAGUUGGGAUAUAUCGAGCCCCCUCCUAUAACGUGGGAGGAGAAAGAAGCGUUUAUCGACAACAUCAAUACCAUGCUAAGCGUACGACUCACCUUCGACGAACACGAAAAGAUCCCGGCUGCUUUCCGUGACUAUAACAUCUCGAACGGAAGGGUCACGUUCAAAGUGAAGGGAGAGUUUGAAGUCGACCUGACGAUUGGUGAUGAGGACUUUGAGCAGCAAUUCUGGUUCAUCGACUUCCGCUUUCUUUUCACCCCUGCUCCAGCAGAGCUGUCGCAUGGUGUGCGCACUUUCCUCGAGAACAAAGUCAACACAAUCCUGGGCGAUCAGGGCUUGGCUGGGUGCUAUAACUAUCUUCAUGAGUUCGUUUUAACUCAGAAGAUUGUUGAGUUCCGUCGUCAGGCAACGGAACUGGCAAUGGGCAGGUGGGUUGAUACCCUGAAGGUCGAGAAACUCAACCGUGCCAUGUCUAUCCAGUACUGGCUCAAGCCUCCGCACGGUCUGGAGGGCCCUUCUUCACAAACUGCCAAGAGCUGGGUUUUGCUAGGGGUAUGGAGCGGAAAGGGCGUCGAAGGAGACCUUGAUUCGAAGCCUUCAAGUUACAUCAGCCUACGUUGGUUCCGCGACAACAAGGAGGUCAAGGAUUUCGACAUACCGCUAAAUGUUGAGACUAUUUCUGCGGAAAAGCUCCUGACGGCGGUUAUUGCAAGUCACGUUGAAUACAUACUCACAUCGAUAUCUAGCAAGCUUCUCAGCAAACCUCGGUUUGCACAGAAGCAUGCAAGACUUGACUUGGAGAUUUCAAAGGAGGAGCCGCAGAAUUCUUCUUUGGCCGUACAACUAUUCGACAAUGACAAGGCUGUCAUCAAGAUCGAACCACUGACGGGCUUUUUUACACUGUUCCCGCGGUCCCCGGUCUUCUUGAAGGGACAAAUGAAGCUGAAUACCAGUUCCAAUGCGGCGGAAGAAGGCGCAAACCUUAUGGAGCAACUAAGAUUUGACCAUACAGUCAAGGAUCUCAACAGCCGUGUAAGGAGUAUAGGCUGGUUUGUUUGCCGUCCGCCAAUUACCCAGGAAGAGACCAAGGCUAUCGUCUACUCGGAUGCUUCAGGAUCUCGGGAAGCUUUCAAGGCAGUUUGGCUCAGAAAGGCAAAUUGGAUGACACGACAAUGGUUCGUCAUGAUGAGCAUGAGUCUUGGUGGUGACCAAUGGUGGCUAGUUGACCUCUCACCACCAAAGCCUAACUUCCCCGCCGGCCGCCUGAGGCUGUUCACCAAAAUGCCCAUGACGUCCAACCAACUAACGUUGUCGGACACCUUCUUCCGAAAUUUGUCUGUCUACGCCGCUGGCAUGAUUUCACAUAUCACCGAUCUUCGCAAGCUACAUACCCUCAAAAAAUCACACACGGCACUCGAGUUGCCAAACCACAGCCUACCGCCCCAGGUUAGGCUGCCUACGAUUUAUGUGCGGCUAUCGGAAAUGCUUCAACAACGUCCUGGAUCCAGCAGUCGUACCUUGACGUGGGCAAAGGGCUUCGUACCCAUCAUCUUCAAGGGAGUCCGGACUCACACAGGUGACCAAGAGGGCCCAGCAGAUGCCACAGCCGCUCAGGUCCGGCGCGAUACGCCAGCUAAGAUCCGAGCGGAGGCUAGAUUAACCGUGAUCGACAGGAACAAGUUCAAAUCUCUGCGCGGAAAUGUAGACCACGAUGUGGUGUACAACCAUCGUACCGGCCAGUUCUCGCUUAAGCUGCGAGCGGAUAUGGGUACUCCCGUAGUCGAUUUGCUCGCCGAUCGCGUACAGGCCCUGGAACGCUUGAUGGAGUUUGUUGAGGCCAUAAGACUGGCUGGUAGCAACGCCAUUCCUCAAAGUGUUGCGCUCCGCGAGGUUGUUUUCACCUACAGCAACGACCCAGCAGAACCUGUUUCCGGUCCAUCACAGGGUCCUCGUGCAUGGAGCGUACACCUAGACCUCCCCAAAGAUGCCAAGGUUAUCCUUACUCUCGAAAAAGGGAACCCUCAUAUGCGCGCGCUAGAUAUGUUGCAAGAAAUGGCCCAGUCUACCAAGACCGAGCUUCUACCGUCUUACCUUCCAUUCUCUCUGCCGCUGUAUAGGGUGUUGGACAGAAUCGAGGAUGAGUGGGAAAGCAUUGCGGCGAAGAACGCAGGCAAUGUGGCGAUCGUGGUAAAAGCGGCAGAGUGGGUAACGAUUAGGUUCUCGCUCUCUGCUCCGACUACUCGGCGACUGUUGUGCCUUGAUAUCAGGACCAUGGGCCGCAAAGGUAGACUGUUGUGGCACGUCAAGCGUACUGAUGAAAAGGGGCACGAACGACCUCUUAACGCCCCGCAGGAUGAGUUUGAUACCUCCCUCCAGCGGUCGGUAUGGCACGCUCAUGGCGAUGGAAGGAAAAGCUUCGGUACCAGCGCCGCUGCUGACCCAAAGAUCGGCAUUGAAACGCUGUUAUGGUCUAUCAGCGAGUCAGUGAAAUCGCUGGUCGGUACACUUCCCCCACCGCCCAUCACCGCUCCCCAUCAAGGAGGCGCAGUACAGGAUCUUAAACAAGGACACCAGCAAACACCCCAGGAGCUAGUAGCUGCACAAGCUGCACAGGGAAUGCCCCCGCAACGACCGAAGCAGCAACCACCUCCACCAUCCCAACCACAACAGCAGCACCGGCCCGUUAACCAACCGCAAGCCCAGCCUCAGCCUCAGGCCCAGCCCCAUACUCAGGUCCAACUCCAGCAGGCUCAGGUUGCUCAGCUCCAAGCUCAGCGCCAGGCACAAGCCCGCGCCAACAACAACAGAUUCGUCAACCGCGCGCAUCCCGGCCAGCCACCACAACAGCGGCAGCCUGGCCCUCAAACCCAGGCACAACAGCAGCAACAGCAGCAACAGCGGUACCAGAUCCAGCAACAAGCACAAGCGAUGCAGCGAAUGCAGCAACAGCAACAACAGCAGGCCGCCCAACAACAUGCCCAACAGCAAGGCCAGGCCCAACAAGGCCAAAGACCCGUUCACGGCCAAGGAGGUCCUCAGGGCGUGCCGCAGGGACAGCCGGGUCAAGGUGGUGCUGGUGGUGGUAUGGGUGGGAAGAAUGCCCCUGUGGUAGUUAUCGACUAA